GGCCAAAAUGCUCCUUCUUUCAAACUGGCAAUGCCACCCUUUUUUUAAGUUUCAGCUGGCCGAUAAACUGUACAAUCGAACAGCUGUUGCAGCGACAUGCGCACUCCUACGCCUAACGGUACUCCAUGGCCUGUGCGCACUCCGCCGUAAAUGGUGAAAGUGCUUUCCUUUCGCGUCACACAGCAUUUGUCGCAUCCAACGGCAAGUGCAGCGUCUUUUCCCUCGGAGAAGGCAAAAAGAAAGUUGGAAAAAAACAUUAGGAUAAGAAGCAAACAGAAACCACAAGUGGUGGCACGCAUAAUGGCCAAGAUCGAGCGUCAAAAUGGAGCUUUGUGAAUUGUUGUUGCCACUACCAAUAACAACAUAACACACACACUACUAAGGAUACUUGGGCUAACACGCACACACGCAAUCGACUGUUUGAGUGUUGGAAAGAGAGCAGCAAUAUGGAGGACCUCUUCUUACUUGUUAUCAAGGAAUCAACGGGAACUAAACACAAUGCGCUGCGACAAACGGCGCAAAUCGCUUACGAUAAACUCUACCGCCAGCAUGGAAUCCACCGGGAUCCUUCGCAUGAGCUGCGCUCCGUUUGCUUUACCGCCCUGCAGAUGGCGCUGGACACAAAGCGGCCCAAGUUCAUCACGAUGGGACUCAACGGCCUUCAUCGUGUCAUCAAGGACGAGCGCUUCUACAUCGGCCUUGAGCCGGAGGACGACUCCGUUUGGCUGCCAUCGCAGCUCCUUAGGGCCACCAACGGCAUCCUGCCGUCGACGAGCAGCGAGGACACGGUGGUCAACGUGCUCCGGCUCUUCCUGGCCAUGGCCUGCUCCCCUGCCUGCACCCUAAACGGUCGCCUGCUGAUCGAGAUCCUCUCCAGAUGCGGCGAGUGCUGGGAGAUGGGUUCGCGGGCCACCAAGGCCGCUUCCUUGGCCGCCGCCUCGCAGUGCCUUCGCACCUUUUGCGCCUUCCUCAUCGAGGAGGCCGAGGAGGUGAAGAAGACAGCGCCCGCCGGCCUGAUGACCCAAACGCAGGCCUCCGCCGUCUACAACGAGGUCAUCCCGGUGAUGCAGUGGCUCUGCAGUCGCCUCGUCGAGCCCAACGUGAAUGCCUCGCCGAACAAGAAGUGCGAGAACCACAGCUCGCUGUACCUCACCGAGUGCAUCCUCACCUUGAGCUCGGCUCUGCCCAGGAAUGUCCAUGCCAAUCCGCACUUCACCUCGUUUCUUUGGCAGAAGUUCUGCCCCACUUUAGCGGCGGCCCUGGGCUCUCCCGGCAGGAUCAACCUGGACAAGAAGUUUACCUACAAGGACGCACUGCACAUGAUUGAGAACGAGGCGCGCGGCUUUUUCACAGGUCCUGGCUUAGAUGGUCCCCAGGCUCGUUGCGUCUACUUGACCGCCAUCCAGUUGCUGCGGAUUGCCGGUGCCCAUGGCUCACUGCGGCCCAUGCUGGAGGCUCUGUUCCAUCGGAUGCUCCUGCUGCCAGCUCCGCAGAAUCGAACCGAACCGCUCCGCUGCGUGAGGGAAAUCUUCAAGAGUCCCGAGCGCCUCAUCGAUCUGGCGGUCAUCCUUUAUGUGGACAAAAACACCGCCCAGGGAUGCAGCGAUGAGAUGGCGCUUUUUCGACUGCUGGUCGACGCCAUGGAGGAGUGUGCCUACGGAGCCAGUGGCGUGGGCUCCGCCACGGAGGCCAGCCUGCAGGCCAGUGUGGAGUGCAUGGUGGCCCUGCUGGACAGUCUGCAGGUGCUCUGCAGCGGCGAGCUGACCGAGUCGAUGAUCAGCGACCAGAUAGUGCAGGUGGUCAACGGACGGCACGACCUGCUCAAGGAUGCCGACUACUCCGGGCCACUGACCUACCAAAGCAUGGCCCGGCUGCCCGCUCCGUAUCGCGAUGCCAUCGUGGAGUUCCGGCAGAACGUGUUCGAGACCUCGUCGGGAUCGGAGAGCGAGGGCGAGCCGCCGCACGAACAGGACGCGGCCUCCAACGGCUCCGGGGACACCGAAGGUCCCGAGGACGACGACCCCAGCAGCUCCAGCGACGAGACGUCGCGCGUGGAGAACCGCUGGCCAUACUCGCACCUGGAGGCUCCCGUAAUGCCCAUACGAACCGAUAGCGACAACGAUCGGCAGCAUGCCCGCGAUUUCGCCAGGGCUUUGAGGCAGGAUCUGGUGCCGAAGCUCCUGCGACUGCGCAGCUGCGUGGAGCUGGACGAGGCGAUGCAGGAGUUCGCCUCGGCCGUCUGCCAGGAGAACAGCAUGAACUUCUCGGACUUUGACUACAACCUGACCGCCAUCAAUGCGGACGGCAUCUACCUGGCCAUCUACUCGUCGCUCCUGCUCAGCCUGCAGCUGAUGCGUGCCGGCUACUACGAGCAGGUGGCCCAGGGCAUGUCCCACAAGGACAUCCUGGUGCCGAUGUCGGAGCAGCAGUUCGUCACCUCGGUGCAGAACACCGGCGUCCUCGUCUAUCUCUCCUCGCCGUGGCUGUGCGAGCUCUACCAGUCGGUGACCGUGUGCAACGUCUUGGAGGCCAUGCCCCGCCAGCAGCUGGAGGGGAUGGGGCCGCGCUGCGCCCUCGUCGACAUGCUGUGCGAUGCCGGCGGACUGGGCGCCACCCAGAUGCUGUCCGAGUGGCAGCGCCUGCAGACGGCCAACGUGAAGCACAAGGAGGAGGAGCAGCUGCACGACAAACGGCGCGAGGCCGCCAAGAAGCUGUGCCGGCGCCUGCUCACCUGCUGCUGGGAGUCCAUGGUCAUCGUGCUGAGCUCGGGGCUGGGGGAUCUGCAGACCAGUUCGGCCUCCAACAAGCUGGUGGCCCUGUCCAAGCGAACACUGCGGGUCAAGGCCAAGGCGAACAAAUCGAACGGCGAGGCUCUGUACGCCAUGUGUCUGGAUGGACUGCAUUCGGCCGCAACGCUCAGCAACAGUUUGAAUCUGCAGCAUUUGGCCGGGAAAAUACUUAACCUGCUGGCCUCCAAUGUCUGCCAGACUUCCGGACCCCGGAUCUCCGCCAGCCAGGCCAUGUCCAUGGACGUGGUGCUCACCGGCGGCCUGAAUCUCGGCAGCUACAGCGCCGAUUGUUGGCCGAGCAUCUUCGCAGUCUGCCGGCACGUCAGCCAGCUGGAGCACGAGAUCUUCAGCAUGCAAAACUCGGCCAUAUCCGCCUCUCCGGGCAGCAGCCGCCGGGACCUCGAAACGGGCGAAAAGCUGAGCAACGGCAACACCCAGGACAAGCUCAAUCUCUCCUCCAUACCCAUCGACGAUGAUGAGACCUGCGUGGAUGUGUACAGCUUCCUGCAAGCGCCCAUGCAGAGUCCCAACACGAACAUCACCUCGAUUUUGAAGGUCUACUCCGGAACGAAUGAGACAGUGCUGCUCAGCCAGAGCGACACCUCGAAGGUGCUCUGCGCCCUGUCCCACCAGGCGGAGAACCUCUUCGGAGACGCCGCCGAGAGGCUCAGCUUGCCCUCGCUGUGCCAGUUCCUAAAGCACCUGUGCCGCGCCUCCAGGGAGCAGCUCUACAAGAGCCAGGUGGCGCGCAAGGGCAGUCGCAUCUGGUGGCCCAGCAAGGGCUGGAAGAAGCUCGACUCGCUGCCCAUGUCCCUGCUCCUCCACCGGAUCGGCGACGUCACGCUCAAGGUGUUCCGCAGCUCGCGACCUCUGCUGCACGUGCUCAAGGUCUGGGCCAUCACAGGACCGCAUCUCAUGGAUGCCGCCUGUCACCGGGACCGGAUGAUUUCGAAGCGGGCGAUCGAGUACAUCCACGACAUAAUCACCGCCCUCCUGGUGGAGCAGUCGGAGCUGCCGUACUUUCACUUCAACGAAGCGCUGCUCAAGCCGUUCGAGAACCUGCUGAGCAUGGACACGGACGUGGAUGUGCAGGACCAGAUUGUGGCCUGCCUGUACGAGGUGGUGGAGGCACAUCGCACCGAGAUCCGCUCCGGCUGGCGACCUCUGUUCGGAACCCUGCGGAACGCGCGCAGUCGGAUGCUGAACAUGAGCAACAUCAUUGACAUCUUUCGGGUUUUCCUCGAUUCGGACAACACGCUGGUGUUUGCCAACGCGGGAUUGGAUUGCAUCCUGUGCCUGCUCUCCUAUCUGGAGAUAUCCGGCGGGGGAAAUAACAAUGCCUGCUCCGGUGGAAACGGAAACACAGCGGGGGGAACCGGAGUGAAUGGUGGCGGUGGACAGCAGGAGGAGGACAACACGUUCCGGCCCACGGACUUCCUCCAUGAGACGCUCCGCUUCCUGGAGCGCUGCUCCAGCAUUCUCGGCUUCAUGCACAGCAUGCCCAAGUGCCCCAACUUCCAUUCGACGUACAAGAUCAAGGGCAUCUCCUACACGCACAUCAUCGACGCGAACAUACCGAGUUCGAUGGAGAACUUCACCUACUUCGGCAACGACUACCUGCAGACGCGGAACGAGCAGUACAUGAUCUCCUACCGGUCGCUGCACAUCGACAAGGACACCAUUGUCAAGAUCGACGAGAUGGACAAGCCGUCGGGAGUGCUCAAGGUGUGGUUCCUGCUGCUCGACGGGCUGACCAACUCGCUGAUCGUCUGCCCCUACUCCCACCAGGCGCCCAUCCUGCAGACGAUCUUCAAGCUGUUCAAGAACCUCCUGGCCAGCCCGGGCAUCGACUUCGGCUUCUACUGCAUCAACCACCUGCUGGUGCCGAUGAUCCAGGACUGGCUGCGCUACAUCAACAAGACGGGCGCCUCCUGGCAGCUGGUGGAGAAGAACUUCAAGCACUGCUGCUGCAUGACCACCGACCUGGUGGUGGAGUUCAUCGAGAAGUCGGUGCCGGAACAGCGGCGUCUGGGAGCGGGCACCAAGACGCGCCUGGCCCAGAUCGUUCACCCGGCGGACAAUCUGCUGUACUCCAAGCUGAAGUUCGUGACCGAGAAGAUUGAGAGGGAGCAGAAGCAGCAGUCGCCGCCUGUCCAGGAUCAGGGAUGCAGAUACAACCAGCAGUACGACAGCAGCUCCAGCUCCGCCAGCGAGGAGCAGCAGAAGAACGGCGGUGGCUCGAACGGGGGAUCCAAUCUCAUCGAGUCGCCCACCAAGAUCUCGGGAUCGGCCACACUGGCCUUGAAGCAACUGCUGCUGGUCCUCAUCGAAUGCGCCGCCCAGUCGCAGGAGGCGAUUGCCCGGAUCUCCGUGUCCUGCCUCAAGCACGUCAUCCUGUCCACCGGCAUGCUCUUCAACGAGUCCCAGUGGAUGAUCGCCUGCUCGGCCAUCCACCGCGCCUGCACCGUAACAAUCGCUCCGCUGCGCCAGCUCUCGUUCGCCUUCCACGAGAAGUCGAACAGCUUCUACGGGGACUGCGCCAACGUGAAGGUGGCUGCCCGGCGGGACAGCAGCCUGGAGGAGCUGGCCAGGAUCUACGCGCUGGCGCAGCAGGUCUUUCUGUCGGACAAUCAACGGGAGCCCAGCCAGAACCUGGCCUCCACGCCCAGUGCCUCGCAGUGCAAGUUGUCCGACGACAGGAGCUACUCCUUCCUGCUUUACCCCCUGAACAAUGGGUUCAACUCGAACCUGGACAACUUUGUGAUCCGGAUCCCGUUCAAGAAUCUGGUCGUGGGCCUGCUGGCCAACCAGAUGCUGCUCCAACUGGUGGCCAAGCUGCUGCUGUCGCGGUUGAAGUGCGUGCCCCAGGCGGUGUCCACCUGCAUCUUCGACAACUACGCAGCCUCGGCGGCUUCCCCCAGCCACGAUUACGACUUGGACUUCCGCUCCAAGGAGAUACUGCUGCGCUGCGUCAAGCAGUACCUGAUGUCCGCCCUGGAGUUCGACUCGCGUCCCGGUCUCAAGUUCCUCAUGCAGAAGGUGUCGAACAUUGAGUACGCGGCCAAUUUGUACAAGCAGAUGACCUCGUCGUGGAUGAUCUACUACAUAGCGCUGGUGGACUCGCAUCUCAACGACAUUGUAGUGUACAACCUAGGGCCGGAGGACCUUAACUUCAUCCUGGAGUCCUGCUCCCGACUGAACACCACCACAGUUAAGAAGAAGGAGAACUUUGUGCGGUACCUGUUCUGUCUGCAGGAUGCCUGGAAUCUGGUCUGCGAACUGUAUCUAAGCAACUCCGCGCUUCAUGAGAUCGAGAGUGGGUCGGGAAAGCUGCGCCAGAAGCCACUGCAAGUGCACCACCAUCCGCAGAGCAAGCCCAUGUGCAUCUCUCUGAACGGGAAUGGAGAUGCCGAGAUGACGGAUACGGGCUCGGGUUUGGGAUCGGGAUCGGGAUCGGGAUCAGGAUCUGGAUCUGGAUCCGGGAGCAGCACCUCGCCCAGCAAGUGCGUCCAGCUUCAGGAGGAAGAGAACGUCACCAUGACCACGCUGAUCAGCGAGUUUCAACCGAAAUGCCGAAACAAUCCCUUCGACACCAAUCGGCAGGCGAAGUCAUCGGAGGCCGAGUCAAUAUCGCCGGAAAUCGAACAGCAGCGAGCCAGCAGCAUCCUAAAGGACUCCAACUACAAGAGGGCUGCCUUGGCCCAGCUGGUGGUGGCCUCCAUGGAGCUGCUGCGUUCGCUGCCCGGCGAAGCCGAGGACAAUCUCAAGCUCCUGAUGACCCCGACCAUUCGCGAGGCCUUCCGCCUCGUCCAGCUGCAGGGCAACGAGCUGAAGGUCAACCAGUUUUAGGCCAUGCUUGUUGAGUUUUAUUUUGAUCUGUAGGCGCAGCCCCUGCCCCUACCAAAUGAUCCUUCCUGCUCCCUUCAGAAGUCCCCGAAACGCGAUCCCUCAAAGUAAUCCCCUUACCGCCCCCCUCCCACUCCCCGAAUGGCUAAUUUACAGCUACGUCUGCAUCUCAUGCUCUCUCUGACUCACUCUGUUCCUAUCUGUCUUUCUCUCUCUACAAAUGGGAAACCUCGCUUCAGUGUGGCCAAUUUAAGAUCGCGAAUACGUUAAUCUAGCCUUUUUGAUUUAACACGCCUUUGUGUAUGUAUUAGUUGUUUCUAAAUAGAUUUCCAAUAACAGUCGUUUUGAAAAUGCCUUCAGAUUAUUGUAUCAGUAUUAUCUUCUUAAAUGCAAAGGCAACAAAUAGUGUAAGUGUUGCAGUACAAUUAAGUUUCGUUUGCUUUCCAUACAAAGUUGGUCACACUGAUCGCAGACUCUCCAUCUGUCCCUCUCUCGCCCGCAGUACCCAGCACAGCAGGCAAAACCAUUUCAAAGUAAAAGCUCAACAUGCCAGCACAAAAAGCAAAACUAUCAAAAGUACAACAAGAACAAUGUCGAAGCGAUGCAAGAAUAUCAUAUAUAUUUAUAUAUAUAUAGAGUACUUCCUUGCGAUUAGAGGAUAAAGAUGAUGAUGAAGCGUAGACAACGUAGUCCUGUACAUUAAAUUAAGUCCAGACUUUCUCACACUUAGCCCCUGCACCGCCCCCGCUCCCCGCUCCCCCAUCUGUCCUCUGUCCUCUAGCCUCCAACCACGCCCUUUUCCCAGCACUUAUCGACUUCGAAUAAUGUAAAGAUGUAUCAGGGAGCACCAGCCCCGCCCACAAAACCAGUAAAUUAUAUAUAUAUACAUUAUACGAGUAUAUACAGUACAUAUAUACAUUAAGAGUGUAACCUAUGUAAACUUAUAGCGAAUGUUAACUAACACAAAAUCAGUGCCGCCCAUUAAUCCACGAUUACCACCAUUAAAGAUUAGAUCACACAAGCAUACACAUAGAGCCUGUACUAAAACAUAUGUGUGUCCAAGUAGUCCCGCGCUGCCUUCAAAAAAAAACUUGCAUACUUUUGUACCAGUGUGCGUACCUAAGAGAGAAAUGGAAAAUAUCGAAAGCAACAUAGCCGAACAAAUUCUAGCCACCUUGCUGCACUAUCGAAGCUUAUUAGCCUACAUUUUUGCGCCACACGCAUACAUACAUACAAUAUACACACAAUAUCAGGGCUCAAGAAAGGGGGCUCCGAAAACUCUGGGUUCUCCUGUCUCUGUCCCACCAUCGGUUUACCCUGCGCAUAGCUGAUAGCGAUAAUUAUACCGAUACCUACAUACAUAUACAUACAAACAGCUACGUACAGUUACAUAUAUGCCUAUAUAAAGAUCCAAAGAGUUAUAUAUCUAUACAUUGAUAUAAAUAAAUGUACUUAUAUGUAUUAUAGUUGCCACUUGGGUAUGAAUGUUGUAUGUAAAUGUCCUACAAAGGAAACAUUUUUAUAUGUGAAACUAUUAGAAACGGCGCUACAAAUCUAUACAUAUACUAUACAUAUAAAUAUAUAUACAUAUACAUUUAUUUUCGCUUCGUCGUAAAAAGUAUAUACAUAUAGAUAUACAUAUAUAUAAUAUAAAUAGAGAACUAUGUACUUGUGUUAUUUACUUGCCCAUCUCAACUCUCUCAAUCUAUCUCUCUUUAUUGACUUAUAAGUGUAAGUGCGAAGAGUGCUGUUGCAGAGCAGGAAGAAAAUAUAAAAAUUGCUCUAGGCUAGUACUAAAACUCUCCAAGAGUGCAUUUCUAACAAGAAUGAGAAUAAACGAUUCCACAACGCUUUCGCAACUUUACUAAACAA